UCAGGGUCAGGAGGUCCCGAGAGACCCGGCGGACGAGCUGUUGGAAGCAGCAGGGGCAGGGCUUUGGCCGCCUCGCGCCAGAUAGGCGUCUGCGCCACGGACGCCUCCGGUUCCGUUCGGUUGACUGGUUCACUUUCGGCUCGGCUCUGUCCGGCUCCCUUCGGCUCUGUCCGCCUGGCCAUCGCUUCCCUCCGCGGGCCAGAGGUGGCAGCGGGACCCCGGUACCCCUUCGCGUCCCCGUGGGUCCAGAGCUGGUGCUGUUUUUCGGUCAGUGCAGUGAUGGCAGGCGGCUCGUGACGAAUCUCCCAGUUCCGGUGCUGGUCCCCAGCCGGUCCUCGGCAUAUGGGAAGCAUCCACUCAGGUGCUGAGGUCUGCCUUCGUCUAACGUGAAUCAGGAAUCCUUUGCUCUGCGGGGGACGUGUGUGUUGUCUGCGGUCCCUGGUAACUGCUGCAGUUGUCGGUGCAUCGGUGGAUCGGGUCAGAACAAGGUUGAGGAGCCCGCACCACCGGCCCCAGGCCGCUGGGUUCCUUGUGUGUCUUUAGGAAGCAUGGCCUCAUGCCUGGAUGAAUGAGGAGUCGGGACGAAGGGAAGAAAAGACCGGAGCAGAACCUUGAAAGCAACCGAGUUUUCGUGAUACUGUUUACCUUUUAAGAAGGGAGGAGGAUGAUCCCGUCCCUGCCCACCCUGACUGUCCUCAUCCCGCUGGUGUCCCUGGCAGGCCUGUUCUACUCCGCCUCUGUGGAGGAAGGCUUCCCCCAGGACUGCACCAGCGCCAGCAGCCUGUGUUUCUACAGCCUGCUCUUGCCAGUCACUGUGCCCGUGUACGUGUUCUUCCACCUUUGGACCUGGAUGGGGCUGAAGCUCUUCAGACAUAAUUAGCGCAGCCCCGCCCCCCUCGCUGGGGAAUCUGCGCUGGAGAUUCUUGGUACUUGGGCUCUGCCCUCGAGGUUUGCAGAUUCUGACAUCAGUGCUGUAGCCGAAUAACACUUUCAAUAAAAUGUCUUGAGGGAGAGGA